AUGGACUUCACGGACGUCGGAAUCCGGCACACCAUUCUCAACAGCGUAGAGCUUCAUCACUUUAUUGAUUUCUCGCCAUCUGCAGCUGUCAUCGCAAAGGAGACCCGUCUCUGCGUUAUCGCUGUUGUUGUCGGCUGGAUAACUACCAGCAUUGUCUCCAGCCUUUGCAAUCGAAAGUGCGAUUCUUCGUCAACGGUCAAGCCGCACAACAUGAUGAGGACGCUGGCUUCUCUGGCAUUGUUCGCCACAGGGCUCACAGCUCAGGUUAUUGAAAGCUCAAGCUUUGGAACUGGUCAGACGAUAUCACAGAGCCGCGAUUCUAUCCCAGGAUGGACCCUAGGAGGAGAGGGCCAUGAACCCAUUGUUUUAUCCGACAAAGUCAUCUUGACACCUCCAUAUCCCGGCAACACACGGGGAUCAGCAUGGGCACAGAGUCCAGUCUCUCAGUCGGAAUGGUCAGCAGAGUUCCAAUUCCGAGCAAGUGGACCGGAACGCGGAGGUGGAAUCCUGCAGCUGUGGUAUACCAAGGAGGGUCAGUCCCGUAUUGGUACAUCGAGCAUCUACACUGUCGGCCCAUUCGACGGCUUUGCUCUUGUAAUCGAUACACACGGUGGACGAGGUGGCAGCGUGCGUGGAUUCUUGAACGACGGUACCACCGAUUACAAAAGCCACAACAGCCCCGAUACCUUAGCCUUUGGUCACUGCGACUACUCCUACCGCAACCUCGGCCGUCCAUCCGUCGUGAAACUUAAACACACCAGCUCCGUCUUCAAAGUUACUAUCGACGACAAGCUCUGCUUCUCCACCGACAAAGUCGUUUUGCCCGCAGGAAACACCUUCGGUAUCACAGCGGCCACCCCUGAAAACCCCGAUUCCUUCGAAGUAUUCAAGUUCAUCCUCGAGUCCGCCACUGGCCAGGGCUCAACCAUACCAUCAUCCCAGCAGCCGAUCCUCAACGCGGAUCCCCUCCAACCCAUGUUCAACAUCAGAUCAGACGGAAUGAUCAGCGCCCAGGACACCGCUCUCAUAUCUACCGAUCUCGGCCGUCGCAUCGAUUUGCUCACCAAGGCGAACAACAACCUGAUCCAGAAGAUGGAGAGCCUGGUCCAGAACCUGGCCCAGAAGGCCGAACAGCGCCACACCGAGCUUGCGCAGAAGAUCAUGAUGCAGGAGCGCCAGCAGGGCUCCAUCAACGCCCAGUUCGAUGCCAAGCUCAGCCACAUCGAGCAACUGCUCCAGAACAUCCAGCGUGAUCUGGAAGGCAAGGACGGGCGCUUCAGCCAGCUCCAGGAAACCCUGCGCUCUUCCCACCUCAGCCUGACUGAGAACCUGCAGGGCCACCUGCUGAGUGCUAUUACCUCCUCCGCUCCGCGCAUGGGCUUCUUCAUCUUCUGCCUGAUCGCGUUCCAGGUCCUUCUCGUUAUCGGUUACGUGGUCUACAAGCGUCGCCGGGCCAACAUGCCCAAGAAAUACCUGUAG